AGAUAUAGACUAGAUCGGACGAUAAACUUUCUCUGGCAGUUACUAAGCCCCCACAGAUUUGCGCUGAUGUGGCCGAAUUGACGCGUGCGCGGCGGGGCGUUGUCGGCCCUCGGUGGCCAGCUGGGGUCCGGGGGCGGAGCUUGCGGUAGCCAGGAACGGCUGUAGUAUCAUGGCCGAGGCGCCGGGCCAAGGCCAAGAUGCUGGUACUAAUCCGUCGGUGCUGUUCCUGCACCCGGACCUGGGCGUGGGCGGCGCCGAGCGGCUGGUGCUGGACGCGGCUCUGGCGCUGCAGGCGCGAGGCUGUAGAGUGAAGAUCUGGACGGCGCACUACGACCCUGGCCACAGCUUCGCCGAGAGCCGGGAGCUGCCGGUGAGCUGCGCCGGGGACUGGCUGCCCCGCACCUUCGGCUGGGGCGGCCGCGGCGCCGCCGUCUGCGCCUACUUGCGCAUGGUCUUCCUGGCGCUCUACGUGGUGUUCCUCGCAGACGAGGAGUUCGACGUGGUGGUGUGCGACCAGGUGUCGGCCUGUAUCCCUGUGUUCAAGCUGGCCAGACGACGUAAGAAGAUCCUGUUUUACUGUCAUUUCCCAGAUCUGCUGCUCACCAAGAGAGAUUCUUUUCUUAAGCAGCUAUACAGGGCCCCAAUUGAUUGGAUAGAGGAAUAUACCACAGGCAUGGCAGAUUGCAUCUUGGUCAACAGCCAGUUCACAGCUGCAAUUUUUAAGGAAACUUUCAGGUCCCUGUCUCAUAUAGACCUUGAUGUUCUCUAUCCAUCUCUGAAUGUCACCAGCUUUGAUUCAGCUGUUCCUGAAAAACUUGAUGACCUAGUCCCUAAGGGAAAAGAGUUUCUGUUCCUCUCUAUUAACAGAUAUGAAAGGAAGAAAAAUCUGAAAUUGGCACUAGAAGCCCUCAUACAGCUACGUGCACGAUUGACUUCUCAAGACUGGGAGAGGGUUCAUCUGAUCAUGGCAGGUGGUUAUGAUGAAAGAGUCCAGGAGAAUGUGGAACACUAUCAGGAAUUGAAAAAAAUGGUCCAGCAGUCUGACCUUGGCCAGUAUGUGACCUUCCUGCGGUCAUUCUCAGACAAGCAGAAAAUCUCACUCCUCCAUGGCUGCACAUGUGUGCUUUAUACACCGAGCAAUGAGCACUUCGGCAUCGUCCCUCUGGAGGCCAUGUACAUGCAGUGCCCGGUCAUUGCUGUCAAUUCAGGUGGGCCCUUGGAAUCCAUCGUCCACAGUGUUACAGGCUUUCUGUGUGAGCCUGACCCACUACACUUCUCAGAAGCAAUAGAAAAAUUCAUCCAUGAACCAUCCUUAAAAGCUACAAUGGGUCUGGCAGGAAGAGCCAGAGUGAUGGAGAAAUUUUCAUCUGAAGCAUUUACGGAACAGCUCUACCAGUAUGUCACAAAACUGCUGGUAUAGUCAAAUUUGUUUAGGGUUCUCUACGCCGCAUUCACUGACAUUAUUUUUAUGGAUUCUGAGUCCAGUUUUGAGACCAGAAGAGAUGUUUUAAAAAUAAACUCGAGUCUGUUUUUAUUGGUGUGGGGGAUCGAACUCAGGACCUUGCAUUUGCAAGGCAAUCUGCAGCACCACUGAGCUAAGUCCCCAGCCCCAAACUUGAGUCUUGAAUCUGAACUACCAUUCUGUAUACCACAUCUCCCUGUGUACUUUUCAAAAUAAGAGUAUCUCUUACACUAUGAUUGUUAAAAGUCUUACCGUGUUCAGAAUAUUUUAUUUUCUUUGAAUUAUUGUUGCUUUGCCUGUAAAUUUUGAAUCAUACUGUGCCUUAAUUGGUUUUGAUAGUUUUAAAUAUAUCAUGAUCAAAAGUUGAUUAAUGAAUGAGAACAGAACUUUGGUAGGUUCCAGAAUCAAUCAGGUGUUCACUGUCAUAUGUUAGUGGAAUUUUUGUUGGUCAGACUGUUGCUUAGAUUCAUAGCAAGAGUGUUUAACUUUUUUUUCUUACAAAGAUGAUGUAUUUUUUUCACACAAACAUGACAAUAAAAGAUGCUUGGCAUAGGAAUAAACGAAAGGUUUUAGCCUCUGU